UUCAGUUGCCCGCCAGACGGCCCCCGCGUCGCAUCGCGCGCGUCGCGCUCCCGUCCGCUCCGCCGCCGACACCGCCACCCCCCGUCACGGCCGUUCUCCAUAGACAGAGGUACGCUCAUGUGGAGAUGCGCUCAUCGUGUUGAGAUCGAACAGCGCUAAAAACAAACUAAACCCUGCCUAAAACUGUGAAAUUGAAUUUUCACUCGAUUCUCCGAAACUCUUUUUAGUUGACUACAAUUGGUGUUCAUGAUAGUGGUUGUAUUAGUGGUGACUGUUUUGAAUAAUAAUGAGGAUUGAACAGGGUUUGUGAUAAAACGCUCGUAAAUCGACGAAAUUCGAUUUCUAUUUAAUUCGACAAAACUCUCAAAAGUGCAUGUACGAUUGGUGAUAUUGUUACUUCUUCCUAAGACACGGAAAUUCUUUGUGGAAGGUGGAACACAACGUGAAGGUGCCUGUUUAAUACAGGCACCGUUAUCGCAAUGAACAAAGAUUGAACAGUGCAGUAAUAUAAGCGUAAAUCUAUGAAGUUGAACGUCCAGUUCACUUGCCGAACUCUUUUUAAAUCGUGUCAAUUGGUGAAAAUUAUUUUUCUUCCAAAAUCUCACAAGCUUUUUGUGCAAUUUUGAUGUGUUGUGCUUAACAGUGGAACAUGCGGGUACAGCCCUUUGAGUGGAACGUGGGUUGGACAGUGUUGUUAAAAUUUGAGCCUGCAGCGUAUUGGAUUGCCGCAUAACUUGACUACUGACAGUUGACUACAAACUGUGUGUAUUUGCAAAUUCGUAAAACUAUGUUCAGUCAAGUCUAGGGCGUGUUAAUAUUUCAAAGACCCCUAAGCAUGACUAAAUUAUGGAACCUCCCUAAUAGAACUGAAUAUUUAACGUACGUGAUCGAAAUUAAGAUAGAUUAACGUAGACUAUACCAUUUGCAAUUUAGAAUAUUAAUAUUAAAAUACUUUAUAUAUUUACGAACUAAUAUAAACAUUUAUUUUCAAAAUUAUGGGGAGUUCUAUGUAGCAGUUACUCGAAGCACGUGCUUGGUCUGCCCACGAGGACAAGCGUUCAUGUGGAUUCUGUUAGGCCUGGACUGCGUUAAUAGUAAAACGCGCGUAAACUAGGGAGCUGGAUUUGCUGCUUAACUGGAAGAUACCCGACAAGUUGUCGACAAUUGCGGGAGCCCACAUACCCCGGCCUUCGGAUAGCAGGGUUGUACAAUGUUAAGUAAUAGAAGUAGUAAGAAGACCGUAAAUCCAGGAAGUUAGUUGGCCACUAAACUCAACAUCUGUGAUAAUGUUAACUGAAAUUUUCAGCUUUCAAUUUAAUAGUUGCUUCGAGGUAUUCGCAACACGGAGUGAAGUCGCAGAGCAAUCCAAUGUUAUGAAAUUCAUGACUGAUUAAAUAUUUUAUUCGUUCGAUGUCGACCUGCAAUGCCAAUGCAUCUCUCGCUAGUGAAUUGUGAAGAAAAUACUUCCUUCUAAAAGCGUUCUUCUACCUUGCGUCCCCUUACCUUGCGUACCCCUACCUUGCAGUAUUGUGUGUGAAGAUUAAUUUUGAUUUGCUUAUGCUCCUGUUGUAUUUCACUGCGAGCACAAUUAGGAGUUUCCGAAGAAACGCCGAAAGACGAAAAUUAAGGACACUAAAUAUUUUUUGUCAUAAACUGUUAUUUUUUUUAAAUAAAUGUGGAUGAAACAUCAAAAUCUAUUAUGGAUAACCUUGACAAUAGAAUCUACCUAGUCAGAAGGGUACAAUCGCACUCAACUCGCAUCUCUCUUAAAGGCCAUGCAUUUCACAGUGAGACGAAACUCGCAACUGUCGUUGUAUUGAAAUCGAGACGAAGCAAUGACUGUUGCUGUUUCCAGAAUGUUACCAUGUCAUCUUCAUUGUCAAUAAAUUACGUCUUGCGGCUACGAAGCGCAUGCUCCGUCUUGCAUCGUUUGUAAUCCGUCCACUGAUAGCGCUGGUGGGCGCUGUGAUUUUAAAUAUGGCUGGGAACGGUAUCGAGCGGAAGAAUUGUGUAGUACGAAAUGGUAUACACAUAACUAAACAAUUUAAUGGCAAACAACGGAAAUUUAACCACGAAAUAUUUCAAAAUGGAACAAUUAAGGAAGCAAAAGAAAUACCAAAUUCAACAACAAAAAGGAAACGAAGAUCCAAAGAAUCAUUUGAAAAAGUUCCUCUCUGUACUGCCAUCAUGACAUAUCUUGGAUUUUAUUUGCUUAUGUUCCUUGGAUAUAUAAAUCGCUUGUUCUUCACACCGAAAGUUGCCAAGGAGAGAAACCGGGAGGGCUAUGCCCCUCUUUAUGACAGAUUUGAAAGUUUUUAUCUACAAUAUGUCUACCGGAGGGUGCGAGAUUGCUGGAAUAGGCCUAUAUGUAGUGUACCUGGAGCAGAAGUGGUUUUAAAAGAUAGAAUGACACCAGAUUAUGGAUGGACAUUUCAAUUCACUGGUACAACCACAAAAUGUUUAAAUCUUGGGUCUUACAACUACCUGGGUUUUGCUGAAGCAACUGGUCCAUGUGCAUCAAGUGCAGCACAAGCGAUUCAGGAGUACGGAUGCGCAUCAUGUAGUCCUGUGCAAGAGUUUGGAACACAUCCUUUGGUUGUUGAAUUGGAGAAGUUGACUGCAGAGUUUUUGGGUGUGGAAGAUUCUAUAGUUUUUGGAAUGGGUUUUGGUACAAAUUCUCUCAAUUUACCCAGUCUGAUAUCUCAGGGUUGUUUAGUGCUGAGUGAUGAGAAAAAUCAUGCAUCCCUAAUUUUGGGAUUGCGCUUAUCUGGUGCUACAAUAAGAGUCUUCAAACACAAUAAUAUGAAAGAUCUGGAGAAACAUUUGAAAGAUGCCAUUGUUAAAGGGCAGCCAAAGACUCGGAGACCUUGGAGAAAAAUCCUUAUAGUAGUGGAAGGAGUGUACAGCAUGGAGGGAUCAAUCGUAAAACUUCCUGAAGUUUUAGAACUUAAAAAGAAAUACAAGGCUUAUGUGUAUCUUGAUGAAGCACACAGUAUUGGUGCUCUGGGUGAAAAAGGAAGAGGUGUAGUUGAUUAUUAUGGGUGCAACCCUAAAGAUGUUGAUAUUCUUAUGGGAACUUUUACCAAAAGCUUUGGUUCUGCUGGUGGAUACAUUGCUGGCUCUAAGCAUCUUAUUGACUAUCUUAGAGUAAAUAGUCAUGCAGCGUGUUAUGCUUCUUCCAUGUCUCCUCCAAUAGUAAUGCAAAUUUUAACAUCUAUGAGUAUAAUUAUGGGCAAGGAUGGAUCACUUGAAGGUGAGAGGCGUAUCAGGCAAUUAGCUCAGAACACCAGGUACUUUCGAAGAAGAUUGAAGAAAAUGGGAGUAAUUGUCUAUGGAAAUGAAGAUUCACCUGUAGUGCCUCUUCUUGUCUACAUGUUCUCAAAAAUUGGUGCUGUUGUAAGAACACUCUUGGAAAGGAAAAUAGCUACGGUGGGUGUUGGUUUUCCUGCUACUCCAUUGAUGGAAGGGCGCAUUCGAUUUUGUCUGUCUGCUGCGCAUACUAGAGAGCAACUUGAUAUGGCAUUAGAUGUUUUGGAAGAAAUGGCAAGCCUUCUUGGUUUACGAUAUUCUCAACUACCAAUUCCUGAUGAUGAAGUAGCAUAUGAUGAUGAACUGGAGUGAUGUUGACUCCAAAUAUUAGAACCAAAGUUCUCGGUGAAUGAAGUUCAAAAAGUAAUUAGGAGAGAUGGAAUAACUCUCUGCUGAUCAAUACCUUCCCCCGCUGCUUCAAGAGUCUUCUCAAGUAAUUUCCAUUACCACCAUUGCACAUGGUGUCAAGAAAGCAUGUGGAAUAAAGUGAGAUGCACAUUUGUAGAAAAAGCAGGAAACAGGAAAUUGAAGCUUGGAUUCCAGGGACCGUCCAUGCAUUUUCCUGGAAAAGGGAAAUUUAUUAGUAAGAAUGGGAUCUUUAAGCACUGAAUUUUCAGAGUUCAGUUUCCCAAGCAGUUGCCUUGAUGAAGAUAUUGAGCAUAACAUGGUGUUCAAGUAUGUGACGAGUAUAAUAAUAUUUCUUUUGAAUGUUUAUGUGCUUGAAUGGACUUGAUGAAUCAAGCCAAUGAAGGUUUUAUCAUAUUUUUAACAUCUUGGGUUUUCUUCAUCUUUCAUUUAAUUCCUUGUCUGUAGGACAUACUCUGCAGGGCAGCAACAAUGCUGCAUUCAGGAUUUAUUAUUCAGCAAAGUAACAAAUAUCUGACAAUUAUAUCUUUGUACCUAGCAAUUAAAGGGAACACAACUAAACCAAAUAUUAUCAACAGGUAUUUGAGACAAAAGAUUUGAUGUACCCAUGGUACAUGGUAGAUGCUGGAUUUAUUGGAUGUAUAUUGUAUAAUGUGACUGAUUUACUCGCAGUUUCAUUUCAGUUGAAGUGAAAAAGAAGUUAAAUAUUGUUGAUUUUGUUGAAAAUUUCUAAAGCAUACACUGCCAGUUUCACAGAUUUUGUUAUAAAUCAUAAAAAGAAUUUUAAGAGGAGGUUUGUGCUAUUUUUAAUUAUUGUAAAUGAUCAGGCUCAGUUUUGUUCACAGAUAUGUUAUGCAAAUUUUAAUUUGGUGCAUUUCUCUCCAUUGUCAUUAUUUAAUAUUUUCAGUUUAUCAAGAAAUCAUAAUUACAAUUCUUGAACUGUGUAUUAGCACUGCAAAGAGAGCAAUUGUGUUUGUGUAUUUUGAAUGAAUUAAUUCAAACAAAUACAUCAGUUCUGCAUUUGAUGGGAAGUCAGUUAAGUCUACAAACAUCUGUUAUUACAUGAGGAGUCACCACCACGGGUACAUACAAAAUAUUGGAAACUCUUGCAGAAUAAUUUGAUAAUAUUUAGUAAAAACAAAUGUUCCAUGCUUACAAAUUUCCUGUUAGGGAACAGACACUGAGUGAGGAGAUUUCCAUAGAUUCUGAAAUACUUUUACUUGUAUCUGAUGUUAUGUGAUUGGCAGAGCUGUUUGAAGACAUCCUUGUGCCAGCAAUUUCUGAUUUCAAUGAUUGAUUGGAAUCAUUGCUACCCUGGGUGUUUCUCUUCCCUUCUAUGUUGGAACAGAAGUUGCUUGGGAUAUGAGGUUGCUAAAGCGUGUUUGUGAAUCAAGGGGCAAAGUAACUUUACCCAUCAGGUAUGUGUACCUUCUUGAUGCAAGGAAGUAGCAUUUGGGACUAAAUUCCAUAUUUUAUACUUUUUAUAUUGUACAUAAUGAAAAUAUUGUCUCAGAGUUAAAAAAUAUAAUAUUUAUUUGUGUGUAAAAGGUGCUUAAUUGUGAUUGCAAAAAUCUUUCUAUUUGAAAAGUGCUAUGCAGAGCUCUCAUUUCUAGAAAUUCUGAAUCUUUCCAGGGCUAUUCUUAAUCAUAUCCCAAUGCUAUUUUUCUCUAUUAAGAAUUAGCAUGUCAAAUAGAUUCAGUUCAUACAUGAUAGCUUUGGAAAUGGUAAGAAAAACUUCACAGUUAAUAAUUGCUAGUCAGAUUGUUUGUUCAGCAGUUAACAAAUAUGGUCUGGAGCACAUGGUACAUAUCUACUUACAUGCCUAACUCACAUUUAUUGUAUUUACUUUCAAUAACCAUUGUAGAGUUAUGGGAUGGUAAAUCAGGCUGCUUAUAGAUUUUACAUUUUAAAACCUUACUUGAAAUAUACAGAACCAUUUACUACUAGUAAUACAUCCCAUAAUAAAAAUAUUGUCUCCUUUUUGAGAUUUAAUUCUUCACUAUAAAGUACAACUCUGAACGAUGAUUUAGUGCAUUGUAUGUUUCCUUUGAUAAAGUAGUUGUUAAUUGUUGGAUAUAAUUUAUUUUGAUAAAAUUCAUUUUGUCAAGCAAUAAUUGUCAGUCAGAUUUACAUGCUUUGCCUGAUGAGUAACAGAGUACUCACUUUCAACAAUUUAUCUACAAAAUUGUUUGUUAUAUUGAAUACACUGUAAUUCUAACAAAGAUCAUGAAUAGUGCACUAAUUUCUCGUGAUGAUUGUAGAAGAGGGAGAAGAUUAGUUUUUCCUCUCCUCAAUACUAUGAGUGCUUACUUCAAAAAAACAUUGCCAAUUUCUAUUAAUCUUCAUCUGUUGUUAUUUCUAAGAUGAGAAUCUUGUAUAACUUUCAUGAGGAUUCAUAACACUGCUUGUACUGUGAUACUGCAUUUAAGUGAAAGUAUGUUUUUAAAACCAUGUUACACAUGAUGAUGAACAAUCAGAAUGAUAGUAUUUAUUUAUUUAGUAGGAAAGAGCGGCAACUUUUUGCAAUGAGUGCAUAUGAGAAGCCUAAUUAUAGUUAGAAUUCAUUCAUACAUUUCAUAAGAUUGCAAGCAACUGCAUGCAUAGGGAAACAACUAGUAGUUUCUAUGAAUGAAUAAUAUCUUGUAUGUGUGUUAUGCAAGGGGUCAUUGCAACACUGGUUCAUUGGAUGUGUUGCUUUUAUCUGCUUCAUUUCACACAUUCUACUAUUGAAUCUACUUCAAGUAUUAAUUUCAAAAUGUGUUCAAUUGAAGCACACAAAGAAUUCUGUAUUUUUUUAAAUUUAUGCCUUGUGUAUUAUAGUGUUUGCUUACGAGACAUACUGUGUUUGUAAAAAAAAAAAAAGUGCAAGUCUUUUUAUUGAAUGUUACAUUUUAUUGGGCAUUCUUAAGCAAUAACCUGGCCUUGUGUGAAGGCACAUGCUGUACAAACAGAGACCUGCGGAACAAAUCAACAGUGCUGUAUGCCUUGAUGCACCACAAGUAUUUUGUUUUAAGCAAAUGUUAAUUUUUAUGUAAAAAUACUUUUUAAAUAGAAAAAAUAUUCAAC